AUGCUCCUGGUAAAGAAGCGGUGCCGGCAGGAACGCAAGACUCUGCAGGUUCUUACACUCCCUGAGGAGAUUGCAAAGCGGACGGGCGACCUGGAUGGCGAGCUGCUCGAGUUGUACCCAUUGGAGAUGGAUGUCCAGCUGGCGAAGCCUAUGAACGUGCAGGCCUUGGGCACAUUUUUCGGCAACGAGAUAGAGACAGAAACGCAAGCCUGA